CAUUGAAGACAGCAUAAACGCGUUCGGCUUUGACAUCGCCUCAAUAUUCCGAGUUGACCGUGGAAAAAUCGGAGGUGUUAGCAAAUAAUCGAAGAAUAUGGAAUUGGAUAGCGAUGAAAGGGAGCUUAAGGCCGCCGGAGCAGAGCCGCUCGACGGCGGCCGCCUUGGCCUUCGCAUUCGUGGGUGGGAAAUUGAAUCGCGCAAGCUUCCCAUUCUUAACUGUUCGCUUCUCCAACAGUGGGAACAGAAGCUUCAGACAUCCCACUUUCCAGAGAUGAUUUUUGGGGAGAGUUCUUUGGUUCUUAAGCACGUGAAUAGUGGCAUUAAGAUACAUUUUAAUGCAUUUGAUGCUCUCCUUGGUUGGAAGCAGGAGUCAUUACCACCAGUGGAAGUUCCUGCUGCUGAACAAUGGAAAUUCAGAAGCAAACCUGAUCAUCAGGUGAUACUUGAUUAUGACUAUACCUUCACCACACCAUACUGUGGAACCGAUAGUAUUGAGACGAAUGCUAAGCCUGGAAGUGUAGCUCGUUGGGAAGACUGCAAUGAGAAGAUUGACAUGGUUGCCUUAGCAUCAAAAGAGCCUAUUCUUUUCUAUGAUGAGGUCAUCUUGUAUGAAGAUGAAUUAGCUGACAACGGUGUCUCUCUUUUGACAGUUAAAGUGAGAGUCAUGCCCAGUGGUUGGUUUCUUCUCUUGCGUUUUUGGCUGAGAGUGGAUGGAGUGCUUAUGAGAUUAAGGGAAACACGAAUGCAUUGCACUUUUGGGGAGAGUUCGUUGCCCAUUAUUCUUCGAGAAAUCUGCUGGAGAGAAGCCACAUUUCAAGCUUUGUCAUUGAGAGGAUAUCCUACUGAUUCUGCUUCUUAUAAUGAUCCCGGGAUCAUCAGCAAAAGGCUCCCAGUCAUCAUGCACAAGAACCAAAAGCUUUCUAUCACAUAGAUCGUGUAAGCUUUAACGAAUUCUUAAUAUUAUCUAUAUUUGUGGAAACUCGUAACCAAUGUUGUUGGGGUAAAGCAAAAGGAGUUAUUUAUAACUGUGAGUAUUAUUUUUAUAAUUGCAGAAACCAUAACUAAUCUUCAUGGGGAAAGAAAUAGAAGAAAAAAUGUGUUCUUCAUAUUGUGAACCCUAUACCUUAGCUUGCAGUCACUUGUUCUUUCCGCUCAUGUUUGAUUUGUUAUGUUGAGUAAUUCCAGUUAAUGAAAGCAAAUCUCCAGUUCACUUUUAA